AUCCAGUAGCAACAAGGAUUAGAACUCAUGAUGUCAUCACGACAAUGUUGAUUAAGAUGUCAUCAGGAUUCUGGUAUCUUGAUGCUUUGAUGUGGAUGAGAACUCAUGAUGUCAUCACCUGAUGUCACCAGUUUCUGGUUCUUUGAUGUUGGAAGUCUAUGAAUAGAAGACAGAAAUUUCAGUUCAGACACAGUUCGACUCAAUCCAAAAUUUGGUUCCGAGAGAAUUACAAGAUUCAAGAUUUCUUCAAGAUUACUUUAUUGUCAUUUCAAAGUACACUGUAGAACAAAAAAAGACCGGUUACUUUGACAAUGGCAGACAGUAAGAGAAAACAAAGACAGAGGAGUAGACAGGCUGCAAUCCAGCAGGCAACAACGCUGGAUAACAUGCAGUCUAACUCCAGGGAGGUUGGACCCCCGAUUAAUUCCUACCUCAGCUCAUUGGAGGAACAAAUCAAACAUCAGACCUCCAACACCAAAGACCUGCAAGCAGAGCUGGAGCAGAUGAAAGCUGAGAAGGAGGCCCUCCAAGAUCAGCUGCAAGUCGAGAAAUACAACAAUGAUCAACUCACGGCUUCACUGGAGAUGGCUAAACAAGAUAACUCUUCUCUCAUCAACCUGAUGGAGACUGAACGUUGUCGCUUUGAGGAGGAAAAAAACACCAUCCUAAAGCAGUCCAUGAACUACACAAACUCCUGUAUCGCUCAAUUGAACUACCAGGUAGAGGAGAACAGGAAGCUCAAGGUUGAAAUGAACACUCUCAAUUUGGAGCUUCAAUCGGCAAAGCAGCUUCAGGCUCCAGCAAAAAACAACGUGGAGUUGGAGAGCUACUUGGAAAUGGAGAAGGCGCAAACUCAGAAGCUACAUCAUGAGUUAAAAAAGAUGGAGGAAACUAUACAACAACAGAAAGAAAUGCAGGAUUUCCAUCAAGCCCAAUUAGAAGAUCAGAAAGCUGAGACUGCUAGGUUUGCUGCAGACCUAAAAAAAACAGAAGAUCUGCUGCAGACUGAACGUCAUCUCUUUGAGGAGGAAAAAGAGGAGAUGGAGAAACACUUAAACUCCUGUCUGGCUCAACUCAACAACCAAGUAGACGAGAACAGGAAGCUCAUGGCUUCGCUGGAGGAGGCAGAAGAAGACAAGACUUCCCUCACGGCACAGUUGACAAUUACAAAAGCCACACAACUUGCCCAGUUGGAGGUGAAGCAAGAACACAAUAAGAACCUCGUGGCUGCUCUGAAGCAGGCUGAGCAGCAGCUGGACAGUCAUCAAAUCCAGUGGAAGGACGAAAAGUCUUCCGUGCUUCAGAUGCUGCAGGACAAGGAGCAGGAGUGGCAGCAGAACGAGAUCUCCAUGAGAACCCAGCUGGAAGAUCUACAGAGACAGAUCAACGAAAAGAAAAACAAGAAGAAGUGGUACAGAAAGCUCUUCUGAGACCACGGUCGAAAAAAAUAAAAAAUAAAAUAAAAAAAA